AAUUACAUCUUCAUACUCAUCUUUAAACCAAGAAUUAAUUUGAAAAUAUAUACAGUUUGUUAUUCCUGUAUGGCUGAUCAAACCCCUCUCUUGUGCCAACCCAACAACACUUGUGACCCAGAAACACCCACAAAACAAUACCUUCCUUCUCUUGGUUCCGCAAUUGAACAUUGCAUAGGUGAAUUCAAUUGGUGUCAAUUCCUCCAAGCUGUUCUUGUUUCCUUUGCUUGGGUCUUUGACGCCCAACAAACAUUUAUUAGUAUCUUCACUGAUGCACUGCCAUCGUGGCACUGCACCAAUGAACAAAUUGUUGGAUCUAGAUUACAGCUAGAUCCAACGAUUGGAUUUCAGAAUAUUUGUAAUUCAGCCACAUCAUUUAGUGAUGUGUGCAACCUUCCCAAAGGCUCGUGGGCUUGGGAUGGGCCGACACAAGCCUCCAUGAUAUCAGAAUGGGCUAUGGAGUGUGAGAGCUCUCUCAUAACCGGCCUCCCCGCUUCAAUGUUCUUCUUGGGAUGCUUAGUUGGUGGGAUUUUCUUGGCCACACUAGGUGACUCCUCGUCACUCGGUCGCAAGAACAUGCUCUUCUUUACAUGUCUUUUGAUGGCUCUUUCUUCAUUUCUAACAGCCUUCUCCCCCAACAUUUGGAUCUAUUCGGUACUCAGAUUCUUAUCCGGAUUCGGUCGGGCCACCAUCGGAACUUCAUCGCUUGUCCUAGCUACCGAGCUCGUCGGAAAAAGAUGGCGAGGUAAGAUUAGUGUUAUUGGCUUCUUUUGUUUCACUAUAGGCUUCUUGUCCCUUUCAGCUAUAGGUUAUGCAAACAAAUUUUCUUCAUGGAGAAACCUAUACUUGUGGACAUCUAUUCCAACCAUUUUCUAUUGCAUGUUGGUUAAAAUUUUUGUUCAAGAGUCACCUAGAUGGCUUCUAGUGAGAGGACAAAAAGAAGAAGCAAUUGCUACACUAAAAUACAUAACCUCAAUCACUCAAAGUAACCUCAAUUUGGCCAUCAAUAACAUUUCUCCACACCAGGAAGAAAAUAAUUUGAAUGUGGAUAUGUUCUAUGCCCUCAAGAUGUUGUUGGAAAAGAAAUGGGCCUCAAGGAGGCUAAUUUUGAUUAUGGCAAUGGGCUUAGGCAUUGGAGUUGUCUACUACGGUAUGCCACUAGGCCUUGGAAAUUUGUCUUUUAAUAUUUACUUGGGUGUCACUUUUAAUGCCAUAUCUGAGCUACCAUCUUCUUUGAUCACAUUCUUCUUCAUAGACAAGUUUAGAAGAAGAAUUGCAUUGCUUGUGUUUUGUUUAAUAAGUGGUAUUUGUAGUGUGAUGUCAACUAUUGAAGGGAAAAUAUGGAGCCAGAUGCAAAUUGGGUUUGAAUUGAUAUCUUUUUUUAGUGCUUGCACUUCAUUUGGUGUUUACCUAAUUUACACAACUGAGUUGUUCCCAACAUGUGUGAGGAAUUCAGCUUUGUCAAUGGCUAGGCUUGCUGUGGUGUUUGGUGGAGCUUUUAGUCCAUUGUUGGUUAGUGCUGGUAGAGCCAAUAUGGUUCUUUGUUAUGGGGUUUUUGGGUUGGCUAUAGGUGUUAGUGGAGUGUUUGGAGUCUUCUUGCCAGAGACUAAAGAUAGAGAACUUAGUGAUACAAUGGAUGAAGAAGAAAACAAAGUGAAAAUUUCUAGUGAAAUAUUGGCCUGAGCUAAUUAGUCAAAUCCAUAAUGUGAUGUAAAUUAAUAUUCAUGAAUUUAAAAGGUACAUUUUGUGGAAACAAUGAAUUUUGUUUUA